AUGGCCGCCAGUCGGUCGUUGGCUCGCUCUCUCCCCGCUCUCCGCGCUGCUUCUCCCCGCACCGUGGUGGCCACUUCGUCUCUCAGAGUUGCUGCUGCGUCGGCAUCUCGCUCUCUGUCUUCGACAGGCUACUCGUCAUUGCGAGCAUCUCAGCGCACCUCGUCGUCACCCUCGUUUGUGGUGUCGCGGAGUCUCCAUGCCACCGCCCGACAGCUGACCCCCGCAACCACCUCCGCGGCUACCACCGCUACCGAAUACCCGACCACGCACGAGCGGAUCGCAAACCCUAUCGACACCGCCAAUUUCCUCGACAAUGAGUUCCGCCCCUCGCAGGCCUCCACCUGGAUUGACCUGUACGACCCCGCCACCAAUAACCUCGUUACCCGCGUGCCCCAGAGUACCGAUGAGGAGCUCAAGGCCGCCGUCGACUCGGCCGAGAAGGCCUUCCCGGCUUGGAGGGCUACCAGCGUCAUGGCCCGACAGCAGAUCAUGUUCAAGUUCGUCAGCCUGAUCCGUGCCCAUUGGGACCGCCUGGCUGCCUCCAUCACCCUCGAGCAGGGCAAGACCUUCGCCGAUGCCAAGGGAGACGUCCUCCGUGGUCUGCAGGUCGCCGAGACCGCCUGUGGUAUCACCACCCAGCUCACUGGGGAAGUCCUGGAAGUCGCCAAGGAUAUGGAGACCCGCAGUUACCGUGAACCUUUGGGUGUUGUGGCCGCCAUCUGCCCCUUCAACUUCCCCGCCAUGAUUCCCCUAUGGUGCAUCCCCGUCGCCACAGUUACGGGUAACUGUCUCGUCAUGAAGCCGUCGGAGCGGGACCCCGGCGCUGCCAUGAUUCUGGCCGAACUGGCCAAGGAGGCCGGGUUCCCGCCGGGCGUCAUCAACAUCGUCCACGGAUCGGCCAAGACGGUCGACUUCAUCCUGGAUGACCCGGCCAUCAAGGCCAUCAGCUUCGUGGGCAGCAACCGCGCCGGCGAGUACAUCUUCACGCGCGGGUCGGCCAACGGCAAGCGCGUGCAGGCCAACUUGGGCGCCAAGAACCACGCCGCCGUGCUGCCCGACUGCAACAAGAACCAGACGCUGAACGCCAUCGUCGGAGCGGCCUUUGGCGCCGCGGGCCAGCGCUGCAUGGCGCUCAGCACCGUGGUCUCCGUCGGCGAGACCAAGGACUGGCUGCCGGAGAUGGCCGAGCGGGCCAAGGCGCUCAACGUCAACGGCGGCUUCGAGGAGGGUGCCGACCUGGGUCCGGUCAUCAGCCCUGAGAGCAAGAAGCGGAUCGAGGACUUGAUCGCCUCGGCCGAGGAGGAGGGCGCCACCAUCCUGCUCGACGGUCGUGGCUACACGCCGGAGAACUACCCCAACGGGAACUUUAUCGGCCCCACCAUCAUCACAAACGUCACCCCCUCCAUGCGCUGCUACCGCGAAGAGGUCUUCGGCCCGGUCCUCGUCUGCGUCAACGUCGACACGCUCGAAGACGCCGUCGACCUCAUCAACGCCAACGAGUACGGCAACGGCGCCGCGAUCUUCACCAGCUCCGGCCCUACCGCAUCCCGCUUCCAAAAGGACAUCGAAGCCGGCCAGGUCGGCAUCAACGUGCCCAUCCCCGUCCCGCUCCCCAUGUUCUCCUUCACCGGCAACAAGAAGAGCAUCGCCGGCGGCGGCGCGAACACCUUCUACGGCAAGCCGGGCUUGCAGUUCUACACGCAGCAGAAGACGGUUACGAGUUUGUGGCGCGGGGAGGAUGCCGUGAGCACUAAGGCUCAUGUGAAUAUGCCGACGCCGUCGUAA